CCUCCUCUUUGCGUCCUCUCCACGCCCCUUCAUGCCGUCGGAAGGCAUCUCCUCCUCCUCCAUUUUAGCCUCUCCCGUUCUCCUUCUCCGGCCACCACCUCUCUCUCUCUCUCUCUCUCUCUCUGCCCCUGAGGAACUCCUCCUCCUCCUCCUCCAGGUGCGUCGCCCAUGUCGUUGGACUACAGGCCCGAGUACGAUGACAUCGAGGAGGCCAAGUCCCCCAACACGAGCGUCGCCGCCAUCGCCGUCAAGAACGCCGACGCCUCCGUCUACAAGAUCAUCCACGGUUACCUCAAGCAGAAGAACAACUCCAUCAUCAAGGUCGCCGCCAAUGUCGCCAGGAAGGCGGCAUCCAACAAGUUGUCGAGGAAGACUUCUGACGUUUUUGACAGCUUAAUUCAGAAGCAGCAAAGCAAGUGGGGAAACAAGACCGGUCCUUUACUCUCGGGAUUUGCUUAUUGUGUUGCUUCCUGCAGCAUGAUAUUGCUCAACAAAGUGGUACUCUCCAGCUAUAAUUUCAAUGCUGGCAUAUCGCUAAUGCUGUUCCAGAAUCUUAUAAGCGUGAUCAUUCUUCUGGUACUUGAGCUCUUUGGUGUAAUUUCAACAGAGAAACUUUCAUGGAAGUUGAUUAAAGUCUGGAUUCCAGUGAAUCUUAUUUUUGUUGGGAUGCUAGUAACUGGAAUGUACAGUUUGAAGUACAUAAAUGUUGCAAUGGUGACGAUAUUAAAGAACAUGACAAACAUUUUGACAGCUGUUGGAGAGAUAUAUAUUUUCAGAAAGGGUCAGAACAAAAAGGUUUGGGCUGCCUUAUGUCUAAUGGUUAUAUCAGCUGUAUGUGGGGGGAUUACAGAUCUUUCUUUCCAUCCAGUUGGUUACAUGUGGCAAUUUUUCAAUUGCUUUCUGACAGCAGGUUACUCGCUUACACUAAGGCGUGUUAUGGAUAUAGCCAAACAAUCAACAAAAUCUGGUUCCCUCAAUGAAGUUUCUAUGGUGUUACUUAAUAAUGCACUCUCCAUACCUUUUGCACUCGUUUUGAUUGUUAUCUUCAAUGAAUGGCAAUACGUUUAUGAAGUUGAAGUUAUUAGAGACCCUAUGUUCUGGGUUUUUGCAACAGCUAGUGGUUUGCUAGGUCUAGCAAUCAGUUUCUCAUCUGUCUGGUUUUUACAUCGGACUGGCCCAACAACUUACAGCCUUGUUGGUUCACUGAACAAAAUACCUAUUUCGGUGGCUGGUAUCUUGCUUUUCAACGUACCAGUGAGUGUUGAAAAUUUAUUUAGCAUAAUUUUUGGUCUUUUUGCUGGGAUAUUCUUUGCAAAGGCAAAAAUGUCCUAGUGUGUAUUUUUGACACGAAGAGGUUUCACUGCCGCUAUACCUAUCAAGUAUCAACUGUAAAGAGAUGUGGUCAAUGUUAAAUUGUUUUUGUUGGUGGAUCAUUCAUGGGUUUUGUGCAUAGUCCUUGUUCAUAAGGUUACACACUGUGCUGGUGUGUUUAUGCAUUCAGUUUUGGUCUAUAGUUGUGGUGAGGCAGAAACCAUUCUGAUUCUGCAAAACUAGCCACCGGUUGGAACUCUUUGCAAUCUGUCUGGUCGUGAAGUUGAAGAGAGCAACCAGUGCAAAAUAAAAGAAAAGCUUGGUGCCUCCAACCUGAGUCGCUAAUCAAGCAGGAUCAUGUGAAGAGACGGCCAAUCUUAUGCAACACUUGCCAGAUUAUACUAUUUGAUUCGUACCAACGCCUAAUGUUGGGCAUGCCUUUUUGCUUUCUUGACAGUAUUAAUUUCACUCCAAAUUGGAGUAAUGUAAGAUAAGAAGCACACAGUGCUAUCAGGUUUAAUAACCCAUUUAAUCCGCCUCAUAUUGAAGUGAAAAUAAAACAAGUGUGUAAAGUAUAAUCCCUUUUUUUUUAUGAUUAAGUAUAAUCCUU